UAUUGGCUUAAGGAAAACAAAUUGUUUACUUAUGGGCCAGGUGAUUUUGUUCACACGGUUUUCUUUUUGAAAAUCCACAAUCAAAAUCUGUGCUUUUAUUCUGAAAGCCAUAAGCGGAAGGGAGAAGAAUGAGUUUAUCAACAUCUAGUUCCUCGCUGGACGCUGUGACACGUUAACGUCUACAAAAAUGUUUACUUUACUUCUGUUUAUUUUGCUUAUUAGUCUCCCAAUUUGUUCACCAGCUGAUAGAAAUGACGAACCCAUAAUCGGUGUUCUGGCUCAGGAGGUCGUCUCCCCGAAACCGAACCAGACGGCCUACAUCGCUGCCUCCUACGUGAAGUUUCUGGAGGCUGCUGGAGCCAGAGUUGUACCUGUCAUGAUUAACAAGACACUGGAGGAAUACAAGACUCUGUUCAGCUCUAUUAAUGGGAUCCUGUAUCCAGGCGGUGGAGUCAGCAUCAUCUCGUCCGGCUACCAAAGAGCUGCCAAAAUCUUCUACGAUCUGGCCAUAGAGGCGAACAAGAGGGGCGACUAUUUCCCGGUGUGGGGCACCUGUCUGGGUUUUGAACAGCUCAUGUAUUUGACGAGUGAAAAGAGUCAGCUGUCGCACACCAACACCAGCGGCGUCGCUUUGCCCCUGAACUUCACUCCAGAGGCGAAAGGCAGCAGGAUGUUUGAGGCCUUCCCUCCUGACCUCGUGUCGGCUCUGUCCGCCGAGCCGCUCACAGAAAACUCCCACCAGUGGAGCCUCGCCACGCUGACUUACAACACAAACGAGGACCUGAAGAGUUUCUAUAAAGUCCUGUCAACAAACACAGAUGGAAACACCGAGUUUGUGUCGACAGUGGAAGCUUACAGUUACCCUGUUUAUGGAACGCAGUGGCAUCCAGAGAAAAACGCCUUCGAGUGGUCCAGACCUUACAUUCCUCACUCUCCAUCGGCGGUCAGGACGACCUUCUACACGGCCCACUUCUUUGUGAGCGAAGCGAGGAAGAACUUUCACAGGUUUCAGUCUAAGGAGGAAGAGAGCAAAGCACUGAUAUACAACUAUAAUCCUGUUUACACUGGAAACGCGAGUGCCUUCGAGCAAAUUUAUUUAUUCUGAGAUUCCUCUUCACAAAGCCGUUCUGCCUUAAUAUGGACUUGAUAUUUUUACUUUUCCAAUUAUCUGAAAAUGUUUUGCACUGGAAAUUGAAUGGAGCUUCUGUGUUAUCAAUCAGCUUCUUUUUUAAAUGAGUUUUUCUGUUUGUAUUAAACAUUUUUUGCCAAUUUCUUGAUGGUUUGAAACACUUUGAAUUUCUCUGGCAGCUUUGACUAACUGGAUCUGAGUACUGAAUCAGAAACUGCUUAUUUAUACAAAGAAUGUAAAAAAAAUUGAAUGUAAUAAAGAAGAUGCUGUUUAUUUUUUCUCAAUUUGCAGCAGUUGACCUCUAAUUAGAUACUUUUGUCAUUUUUCUUUUGCUAAUGCCAAAGUAUUUGUGGUUUUCUAAAGGAUUGACCUCGUGGUUUUACUGACACACAGCCGUAUGUUGACCUUUCUGUAUCAUAUGCAAAUAAUUGCAUUGAAAUUAACUUAAUCCUCAAAAUUUAGUAAGACCAGCACUAUUUCAGCAUAUUUCUACUCAAGCAAAAAGUAGUUUUGUAUGUGUUGUUGUGGAAACUGCUGUGAAGAGGAAAGAUAAAAAAAACAUUAAUGACUGAUAAAAUAUCUACUUUUUUAUUCUAACACUUACUUUCAUGCCACAAUCUGCCAAUGACAUCCCUGUAUGCUUUGGAUAACAAAGUUGAACAUCUUGGAAAAAGUCCAUGUGUAGAAAGAAAGUUUGUUUCCAUUGGCCAUUUAUAAAGUCGCUUCCAGCUCAAUUCAAAGACGGAACAAAAAUGAACAACCGAAUGUAACGUCCAAAGUAUGUUAUGCACUAAUAACACUCAGGUAACAUUGUUUUUCUUCCUCUUUUUCUUCUCAGAAUAAAAUGAUAUUAGAACAUUUACACAUCAAGCUAACGAGACCGUGAUCUCAAUCACAAUACUACUGCAAAUAUAGCUUAUGCAGUUCUGUAAAAAAAACAUUCAGGAUGUCAAAAUUUACGAUGGCGAACUGAGAAAUGACGGAUAACGUAGCAAAGCACGUCGGAACAUGCACUGGAGUGCAACAUAAGACGAUAUAAAUAAACUUGUGCCUGGAUAUAUUCAUUUCUGUGAUUACUUUGCCUAUUCUGCAGACGUAACGUGAAAUUUAUGUGUAAUCUGGUGUUUAAUGUUCAAUGAAAAUAAUCCUAAACUUCGUUCAAUUCACUCA